AUGUCGAUCCCUGUGUUCAAACCAUUCACGCAUUUUAGUGACCGUUAUCUCACAGCUACCGAUGCCUUCUGUGUGGCUACAUAUGGCCACCGAGUCAUCACCACUCCUAACAUGAAGUUCAUUCCUCAACCUUUCCACAACGAAUCCGAUAUAAUUCAAGCGUGGGCAGAUGGCAGAUAUUGGGCCAUGGAUCCUUUUCAGUGGCCACAGACGUAUGAUGACCUGUACGCUCAAAGUUUCGCAAUCCCACGCCGGAAAGCCUAUCUGGACGACGCAAGCAUGACAUAUGCGUGGUUCAGGCCAAAUUUCUCAAGCAACUUCGUGCCCCUGGCUGUGGGUAGUCUUUUUGGUCAGCUCAAGAUGGACAUUCUCGGCCAUCUCAACUACAAGAUCGCAAGGAUGCAUAAAGAGGAUCAUGUUGUUGGGUGGGUACAUGCAAUGCGUGCCGUCUAUGAGCGCUUCCAGCAAGCUAUGGCCUGGUGCGACAUUGUCAUUGUCGUUGCUGAAUAUCAGCGCCGAUUUCUUGAUAUCUGGGUGGUUCUAGACUUCUAUGAAGUAAUCGAGCCCCGCAUGCGAUUUGUCGACACUACCCAUAAGGUUGACCCUAAAUGGAUGGGGUGUUUCACUCAAGACGUCGCUAUCGCCACAAAAGUACAUGCUGCUGGAGUUCCUGUCUGGCUUAUUCGCGAUGCUAGACUUAUCCCCUCAAAUAUGAACAUUGUUAAAGUUGUCUUGUUCACACCACCCGAUGACCUCGUCAUCAGCAUAUAUCAUGAUCCCCUCAAACUCUUUGCUCAGCCCUUCGACAUCAUUGCUAGAGGUCCGAAUAAUUGCCGGUGUCAUGAGGCCGCGCGUCAGGCGUAUUCCAACUUUGAGAAGUUGCCCGCUCCAAAACCUCAAGUUGAAUUGGUCAUGACGGAGUCAUUGGUAGGAAAGGCUCCCGUACACAAAGGGAAGGCGAAAAUGAAAACGAUAUAA